AUGUUUAUGGUUAAACCUUCAAAUGACGCAGGUUGUAUUCUCUUGUUUGACUACAGGGUAGAUGACCAAGACCGGAGCACAAGGCCCGACCAGGGGCCAGGUGGGGAUAACAUCAAGUGGAUAUUUGCCUUCCCGGUGCUCAUACUGGCCGCCUACGUUGCUUCUGAAUGGCAUCGCAAGGAGAUACUACAGCUGGAACUACAGCUAGAGAAGGAGCGUGGGCGUGCCCAAGGAUUAGAGCAGGCCUUGGCCUUCCAUAGACAGCAGUAUCUGUACGAGAAGCAGCACACUGUCCUAGGGCUAGUGGAGGAAAAGCUGAUGGAGAGGCAGAGCAUCUUCUGCAGCAUGCUGGGGUCCACGGAGAAGAGGCUGGAGAUUGAGAAUGACCUGCUGCUAAUAGCUCGUGAGCCGGCCCUUGCCUGGUCGGGCAUGGAAUCCAGUUUCAGGAACAUCUUUGAAAAAGACAAGACGUGUGCAGGGUGGUGGAGCAGAGAUAAGAGCCAGAACGGAGGUCUGAUGUGGUUCUAUCUGGAAUACUGGAAGAUGCAGUUGAAAAAAACAGAUGGCUGAGGCGUCUCGGCCGGAUACACGGCCCACUGAGAAAUAUAAGAUGUUGUGACCUAAAUUAUGUGACAGAUUUGUGGUGAUGUGACAGAUGCAGAACAAUGGACCUCAUUCUCAAACGCAGUUAAGAAAAAAAUUCUUCUUAACUCUACUUACAAAGUUCCCGGGACAAUUCUGGCAUUCAUGAACGUUUUCUUACCUGGAAUUCUUUCUUAGCUAAGAACAGAAUUUAAGAUCGCGGAAAAGCAGUCGUAGAUAG